UCCCGCGGACUUUCGGAGUGUUUGUGGAUUUACAUGCCAAACCGUCAAGAUGAUGUCCAUGAACAGCAAGCAGCCUCACUUUGCCAUGCAUCCCACCCUCCCUGAGCACAAGUACCCAUCGCUGCACUCCAGUUCCGAGGCCAUACGGCGGGCCUGCCUGCCCACGCCCCCGCUGCAGAGCAACCUCUUCGCCAGCCUAGACGAAACGCUGCUGGCGCGGGCCGAGGCGCUGGCGGCUGUGGACAUCGCCGUGUCCCAGGGCAAGAGCCACCCGUUCAAGCCGGACGCCACGUACCACACGAUGAACAGUGUGCCAUGCACGUCCACGUCCACCGUGCCGCUAGCACACCACCACCACCACCACCAUCAUCACCAAGCGCUCGAGCCAGGCGACCUGCUAGACCACAUCUCCUCCCCCUCGCUUGCGCUCAUGGCUGGCGCGGGCUCUGCGGGCUCUGCGGGCGGCGGUGGUGGCGCUCACGACGGUCCGGGGGGCGGCGGCGGCCCUGGGGGUGGCGGCCCAGGCGGCGGCGGCCCCGGUGGUGGCGGCGGCGGCGGCCCAGGGGGAGGAGGCGGCGGCCCGGGCGGCGGGCUGUUGGGCGGCUCCGCGCACCCGCAUCCGCACAUGCACGGCCUGGGCCACCUGUCGCACCCGGCGGCUGCGGCCGCCAUGAACAUGCCGUCGGGGCUGCCGCACCCCGGGCUGGUGGCGGCGGCGGCGCACCACGGCGCGGCGGCGGCGGCGGCGGCGGCGGCGGCGGGGCAGGUGGCAGCUGCGUCGGCGGCCGCCGCCGUGGUGGGCGCGGCCGGCCUGGCGUCCAUCUGCGACUCGGACACGGACCCACGCGAGCUCGAGGCGUUUGCCGAGCGUUUCAAGCAGCGGCGCAUCAAGCUGGGUGUGACGCAGGCCGACGUGGGUUCGGCUCUGGCCAACCUCAAGAUCCCUGGCGUGGGCUCACUCAGCCAGAGCACCAUCUGCAGGUUCGAGUCGCUCACGCUCUCUCACAACAACAUGAUUGCGCUCAAGCCCAUCCUGCAGGCGUGGCUCGAGGAGGCCGAGGGUGCGCAGCGCGAGAAAAUGAACAAGCCCGAGCUCUUCAACGGAGGCGAGAAGAAGCGCAAGCGGACUUCCAUUGCGGCGCCCGAGAAGCGCUCCCUGGAGGCCUACUUCGCAGUACAACCACGGCCCUCGUCGGAGAAGAUCGCCGCCAUCGCCGAGAAACUGGACCUCAAAAAGAACGUGGUGCGGGUGUGGUUUUGCAACCAGAGACAGAAGCAGAAGCGGAUGAAAUUCUCUGCCACUUACUGAGGGGGGUGGGAGGUGGCAGUGGGGCAGAGCAGGAGCUGAACGGGCCUUCCGGGGGGCUUUUCUCUGGCCUGCUUCCCUCCGGAUUUAGAGUGUCCGAUAUCCUGCUUGCAUUUGGGAAAUCCCUCCUCCAGCUCUCUUCUUCAUCCCCUUUCUGCUCUCUCUGCCCUCAUCCACCCCCAGGUGCUGGGUGUGGAGUUCGGAGAGGGAGCAUUUGGGUGAGCAGGUAGCGGAGGGGAAG